UAAUCGGAGAGGGUCACCUAGGGAGAUUCUAGGGAAUCAUGUGAAUUGACAUGGAAUGACCCAUGUGCUGUUUACUUGCAGAGUGUGGGACUGAAAACAUGGCACUUCCGAAGGACAUAGAGAUUGCUGCCCUUGGAAGACCAUUUGCUCUGGGUAUGCUGUACGAUUGCCGAACAGAUCGUCUCGUUCCAGGUGUGACACUGUGGGAUCACGAUGAGCUGCAGAGGAAUACCGAUGAACGCCAGCAACGCAAUUCUGAAUUCAACAUCACAACAUUAGACUCAAUUGAGGAGAAGUCAAAUUCAUUGAAUGUAUCGGGAUCUCUGAAAUUAAGUCUCCAUGGAGGACUAGUGAAUGUGGCAGGAUCAGCUAAAUACUUCCAGGACACAAAGAAAUCUCAUAAACAAGAGCGGAUCACUCUUCAGUACAAAACAACAACUAGAUAUAAAGCGUUAACAAUGUCUCAUCUGGGCCGCGGUAAGGUAUCCUAUCCCAACGUGUUUGAAGAGGACACCGCCACACAUGUUGUCACUGCCAUCUUGUACGGGGCCAAUGCUUACUUUGUAUUUGACAGAGAAUUAUCUAACGAUGAAAACAAGAAAGAAGUAGAGGGGGAAGCUGAAAUCAUGAUGGAAAAACUGAAACUCUUCACAGUAAAUGCAUCUUUUAACAUGGAUGAAAAAGAGAAAUUAGCAGUGGAAAAAUUCAGCUGCACAUUUCAUGGAGACUUCCAGCUACCUAGCAACCCGUCGACAUUCAGUGAGGCUGUAAAUGUUUACAGACAACUGCCAACACUCCUGGGAGACAAUGGGGAGCAUGCCAUUCCAGUCAAGGUGUGGUUGUACCCUCUGGUGAAGCUGGACUCAAAAGCUGCAAAACUACACAGAGAAAUCAGCAACAGCCUCAGCACACACUCCUCAGAAGUCAUAGAGCAUUUAAACAAGACGGAGAUGAGAUGCCAUGACCUGGUGGAGGACACAGCAGCAAAAACUUUCUCUGCCAUGAAGAAGAAGCUGAGGACUUUCAUGCAAAACUGCCAUCACUACAAGUUAGAGUUUGUGGGGAAGCUCGAGUCAGUUCUUCCCUCUAUUCGAGGGGGUGGAAAAGAGGAGAGUGCCCUUGAAGACAUCCUUAAGGCUCAUGAGAAAUCUCCUUUCAACAGUGGAGCCCUGGAUGUGUGGCUAAAGCAGAAGGAAAAGGAAUCAGAGACACUGAAAUCCUUCCUCAAGCAGCUAGAGAAACAUGGCCUAAAACUGGAUGACAACUUGGAUGAUAUUUUGUCUGAUGUAGACAUCACAAACAUUGUGAGCUUUUCAUUUACCUCUUUAGACCAGCCUGAUAGCAGCCUCGUGAAACAAUCCAAUUUCCUUACUCCCACAGGAAUGAUGACUGAAAGUCUGCAGGCGGAUGUUCCACAGAGCAUAAAUACUGACUGGCUAACUGAUACCAGACAAAGCAUGAGGAGACAGUUACAACUGUUUGUGCAGUUGAAGAAGAUGACCAACAGUGAUGCCACCAAAUUCAUUGUUUCAUCCAAAUAUGAUGAGUGUUACCCUGGAGCCUGUAUAUUCAUAUACGAAGAUGGGAAUGAUGAGCCUGUCACCUUCAUUCCUCCGUCCAAACCUGCCACUCCAACCACCUCUGAUGUAUCGUUUGACGCAUUAACAGUUGAGGUAUCAGACCCAGAUUCUGCCACUGCAGAGUAUCGAGUAGAGUUCAGAAAGUGGCAGGAGACUGAUUGGACAUCUCACCCUGUGCAGAAAAACAAGAAGACAGUAACUCUGUCAGGACUGAAGCCAGGCACUAAAUAUGAGAUCAGAGCCACAGCUGUGGGUAAACUUGGAUAUGUCGUCAGCAGUGAAAUUGUUACUGUUGUGACUGCUAAACCUACUUCUAGCCCACCAACCAAUUUGCAAGUGGAGAUCGCACUUCGUCCAGGUCCUUUAGGUCCACCAGACUACAUUGACCUGCUGAUACAGUCAGAGGAACAGGAGGCCAGACCUGGAUAUCUGCGGCGCAUCAAAGCAUUACAGGAAAUGAGAGAAAGAGCUGUUAUCGUGCAGAAGAGAGACAAAAUUGCUCAAAAUGAUGAAAUCAAAAACAAAGGCAGCAUUCAUUUUCUGCGCUACUUUAAAUAAUGCUGUUUUGUGUUUGCAAAAUGUAGGGUGUAUUAUGGCUUUCAUAUUUCGUUUUGUUUGCAUCUUUUCCCAAUGUAUUUCUUCAGAAUUCGUUUUCAAUAAAAAAGAGGAAUGAAAUUGUAAGCUUCCGUCUAUGAUAAAGUGGGUCCCUCUUCUCUGUGUUUUAAAGUACAUAAUCAGCAGCAGCAACUUCUCUCUGGCCACAUUUGCUGAUGGAGAAAGCAGUUUACUGCCAUUGCAAAUAUCCCAAACCAACUAUGAAUGUAUUGACUGGCAAAGUUUUAUUAACUAAUUAUGGAUGUAUUUCGUUUUUUAUUGAGGAGGUGGUUGUUGGUGUAUUUGGUAUUUUAUUGAGGAGGUGGGUGUUGGUGCGAUCAUUUGGUUUGAUUAUGUAUCACAAAUUCCAUAGUGUCACUUUGAAUCUUUUAUCACCUUUAUGUUACUUUUUAAACAUUUGUUUAAUUGGAGGAUUUUUUUGACAUCUUUUAUCACCUUUACUAAUUGUGGGGAUAUAUUUUUGCAUUGCACCGAUUACUUCAUGUUUGGAUUUUGUCUUUGUCUUUUUUAUUACUAUUCAAUAUCUCAGUGACUAUUUCAUAAUCAGUGUCUUUCAUAAUCAGUCUCAAGAUGAAUUUUGUUUGAAUUUAAUU